AUGGCUUCGACAUCGACGCCGACGGGCGCGUCCGAAGCGCCCAUCGACGCACUCGUCCUUGAUGCGGGCCCACUCGUGACGCGGACCUCGCUCGGCGGGCUGGCGAAAAAAUUCUACGUGCCCGCGUCCGUCGUGGCCGAGCUCCGCGACGUUCGGGCGCGCGAGCACUUUGAGUGGCUCCAGCGCACCCUCGACGUCGAGGUGCGCGAUGCCGGGCCCGAGGCACUGCUGGGCGUGGUCAAAUUUGCGAAAAAGACGGGCGACUAUGCAGUGCUGUCGAGGCCGGACAUGAGUGUGCUGGCGCUCACGUACGCGCUGGAGCUGGAGCGACAUGGGACAUGGCGCGUCCGUGAAGACGUUGGCGGGAAAACGGGCCAGCAAAAGGCCGAGGAAGAGAAGCUGAGAAAGAAGAAAGAAGAGGCGGAGCAGGCCAAGGAUCAGGUCGAGGACGGCGGAAAUGGCGGCGCACACGAGACGUCACGAGCGGAGCAAGACGAAUCGGGAGCUGCAGACGCCGCCGAUGCAGGUGCUGCGCCGGUGGAGCAAAGCGAUGAACAGGCCGUCGUGGCAGCGACGCCAGACGCAGAGAGAGAAGACGACGAAGAUGACGAGGAGGAGGGAGGCGAGUGGAUCACGCCUGACAAUGUCGUCAAGCACAAGAACCGGAGUCUGGGCCUCCAGCAGCAGCAACAACAAGCAGGCAAAAAGAAGGGAAAAAAGGGCUCAGGCAGGCUGACGGUGGCAUGCAUGACGGGCGACUACGCCGUACAGAACGUGCUGCUGCAGAUGGGACUCUCGCUCGUCGGCAUCGAGGGCCAGCGUAUUAAGCAGGUCAAAAGUUGGGUGUUGCGCUGCCACGCCUGCGCCAAGAUUUGCAAGGAUUCGGAGCGCAAGUUCUGCCCGCACUGCGGCAACCCGACCCUGCUCCGAACAUCCGUCACCAGCACGUCGCCCGACGCCACAGGCAAGGCAGGCACAGGCCAGUCGCACGGUGGGCUGCAGGUGCAUCUCAAGAAGAACUUCCAGUACCGGAACAGGGGCACAAUCUACUCGCUGCCGCUUCCCAAGCCGGGCAAGGCGGGCGGCAAACCAGCCUCGGUGCCCGUGCUGCGCGAGGACCAGGCCGAGUGGCAACGGGCGGUGCAAAAGGACAAGGUGCAGCGGCAAAAGGAGGAAAAGAGGCUCAACAGGGCCCUCGAAAAGGGAAAGGACAGCCUCACGGCGCGGUACGAGGAUGCAGACGAGCUCACGAUGCUCCUGGCCGGUGGCACGGGCAAGAACAGGGGAAAGGGCGGGCCCGUCGAGAUGCCAGAGAUUGGCGUUGGCCGCAAGAAUCCAAAUGAGCGGAGGAGGCGAAAGGUGUGA